AUGUCGUCCUACCUAAACAACCUCCUUACGAACACGACUUCGCGCUACAACAACCUGCGACGACAGAUCCUCUCGGACGAAGCAGACGGCGACACAGAAGAUGACUCGCAUCUUUCCAGAGUUCUUCGCGCAUACUACACGGAGAAAGGACGGCCGUUUCCGCAAUGGCUCCCGCCCGAUCCAAAGGCACCGCAGCCUGCGCCCGCCCAGUUCGUGUCUUCGCGACAACAGGCACAAGCACAAACAGCGGGCCGAGGAGGAGGCUUGAACGAUCUGUGGGAUAAUCCCGCGCCACAACAACCACCGCAAGAACCACAGUCACUUCGCCGAGGGCCAGGAGCACGGGGCGGUGGAGCGCGUCCCAUGCAAGGCCGGCCCAUGGGCAACUCAUUGACGCCAGACCCUCAGAUACAAGGCAGACCACUGCCCAGCCAACGAGCAGGAAGCUACCAAAGCUCAUUGGGAGGACGCCCACCAGCAGAAGCUUCACCACCACCGAGCGCGGGUACAGGGUCGGGCACAACAGCACAGGAAAGGCUCAAGGCCCGGUUAUGGGGACGGUCACAGAGCCCAGCACCGCGUGGACUUUCUUCAGAAUCUGCCAACUCGCAAUCGUCCCCGCAAGGUGGACGGGCGCCCUACCCUGAAGAUCGGAGUCACAGCUAUGGAAGUACUGGUAGCGGCGGCGGGAGACCACAGGGCUCAUUUGGCAUGUCGUCGAACUCCCCAUGGAGUGGGAACGAUGAUCCGUAUGCGCCCCAAGGUGGAGGGUAUGGUGGCGGCGCACCUCCACCACAACGCGGACCUCAAGGUGGACGUAUGGGCCUGCCAAGCGGACCACGCAUGCGUUGA